AUGGAUGAAAAAUCAAGCCCAGAAGAAACUGGUCAAUUAGUUUACGAAGCUGUAGUAUAUGAGAACGAAGAACUCCUACGAGAACUAUUGGAAGCCAAUCCAGGAAAGAUAUAUUAUAGAGACAAACAUGGUAGAAGUGCUCUGCACAUUGCUGCACAAAAUGGGAGUAUAUCUAUCUUGGACCUUCUGAUAGAAGCUGGAGCGGACGUAAACAGCAUGGCUGGUCCGAGUGCACUCUGUGCCACUCCUUUACAUGUUGCUGCAGUUGCGGGACGUUUAGAAGCGGUGCAACAUCUAAUUGAAGCUGGAGCAGAGCUUUUGGCUACGGAUCUUAAAGACCACUGUGCAUUAGAACUGGCGCAGAUGGCGAAUCAGUUCGAAACUGCUUGUCUUCUCAUCGAUGCGAUCGAAUCGGUUCGCAAUAAAACUCGUCAGCUGCACGAUGAUUUGGUCAAAUCUGCGGAAGAAGGAGAUGUUAGAUCUGUUAUAGAAGCUUUGCCGAAUCUUACUAGCACCAAUUAUGAUGCCGUCCUGAAUGGUGCGACUUUGGAUCGAAAAUGUGUUCUGUAUCUAGCUUGCUUGAAUGGAAGGAAAAAGGUUGUUGAGGCUUUAUUGAACGUUCGGGGUCACACACUUAUACAGCCAUGUACUCACGACACAGUAUUGCAUGCUGCCAUAUCAUCCCAAAAAGCAGUCAUCGUAGAAAUGAUUCUUAAGGCAUUCACACAUUUGGUGACUACAAAGAAUGCAAACGGUAGCACAGCACUCCAUUGCGCAUCGCAGUGUGGCAGUUUAGAUAUCGUUAAGCUGUUGCUGGAAUUUCCAUACGAGGAGGAUGUUCUCACAAAAAUUGAGGAUGUUUCUGGACGUUUCAGUUAUCGCUUUGUGUUAGACGUUAACGGAUUGGACGCACAGUGUCGUACCGCUCUAUACCUAGCCGUCGCUAAUUCGUAUUAUGAUGUUGUCAAAUAUUUACUUGAGGUAGAAUUUCCAUCGGUGGAUGUUGGUCAAAUAUGCCCAUUCGAAAUUGAUGUAUACUGCAGUGGUGGAAAGACUCCGCUUAUGGUGGCCGCAGCAAAUGGUGACAUAGCUUUAGUGAAACUGCUAGUGGAUCAUGGCGCAGACGUAAACUUACCUUGCGGACUCACAGAUGCAGACAUCAGUAGUGUAGAUGGUGCUCGAUGUAUUGGUUCUGGUGCUCUCAAUGAAGCGUGUCGAAUUGGUUGUAUCUCUUUAGUGCAGCUUCUGUUCCAACGAGGGGCUGUUGACCAUGAAAAUGUUGCUCUCGCUACAGCCUUCAAAUACAAUCAGGAUUCGUUGGCGAGAUUAUUCCUGUUACGUCUUGCAUUUGUGGAUCCAGAAUACCGUGUCAAUAAGAAGAAUAUAGAUUUAGGACAAGUGUCAAUAAAUCGUAGCCAGUUAUCUUCAGCUGUGUAUCCCACAACGCCAUGCAUGCUUAACUGGCAUAACGCAAAUUUAGAGAGUGUUUCGAACGAUUGGCUUAUUGCCGCAGCUCUUCAGGUGAAUCAGAGGUUGAGGACAUCACGAAUGGCGUUAGCAGCUCUUACACGGAUCGAUUUAUCGAAGAAUAAGAUGAAAGUGUUAAGUGGACAGCUAUUGCAGCUACCUUCCUUAAGAAGUCUAAAUGCAGCGAAUAACGAAAUUACAGAAAUUGAGAUACCAAGUGAUGGGUUUCAUGCGCCACUUUUGGAAAGCUUGUUACUGGAAUUUAACAAGCUGUCUGUUCUACCAGAAGAAUUAUUUACAAGCAGACUGCCAAUGCUAAAUUUCCUGGAUGUGUCCUAUAACAAACUGUAUUUUCUUCCGGAGACUUUAUGGUUUGCACCAAGAUUGCGAGAACUGAAUGUGUCCAACAAUGUCCUUUCCAUGUUGCCGGCAGUUGGCUCUUUUCAGUUUCGACCUUCCAGCAGUCUUUCCGAAAUCGAGCGGCCAGAAUCGCUCUAUUCGGAUUUGUGUACUUAUCAAAGCACUUUAUCAACGGAUGACUCCUUGAGUAUUAGCGGACGCAAUGAUGACACCAAUAUUACUGUUCAUGAACUGAAAAGGCACAAUAUAUGGCAGACAAGCAUACGGCUGGCUCGAUCGGAUGAAUCAGAUGCCGAGAGUGGAUCUAUAUCUUUCUCUUCUACGAUUUCUGUUUUUAAUAUGUCGCACAAUAAUGUUAAAGUGAUGCCAUCGUGCUUGGCGUGUUGUUGUCCAUAUUUAACCAGACUCAAUAUAUCGCACAACCAGCUAACAUCUCUUGGUCCAGUGCAAUGUUUACCUUCUCGGCUGAGACAUUUAGAUGUCUCUAACAAUCAUCUUAUUACUGCUUUCGAGUGUCCAAAUGCUGUGCAGUUGGUGUGUCAUGCGACGAACGUGCUGUCAAAUGAAGUUUCACCAAUGAGGCGUGAAAGUCCUCUGCGUAACUCACGAUCUCGUUCAAAAUCAGCAGUUCGUAGUCAACGUUCGUUAAGCGUUGCACCGGUUGGCGAUACAUUAUGUGAUACAUUAAUCAACGCUUGUCCUCACAAGCAGCAUACAAGACUAGAAUCGUUGCGCACAUUUCUGGUGGCUAAUAAUCGUCUUACGGAAAUUCCUCUUCUUGUUCCCACUUUGAAGACCAUUUCAUCUUCAAAAAAGAAACAGCGUGAAAGCCGACAGAGAUGUUCUGCGGCUAGAAGACAAAUAUUGUUUCCUGCUCUUACAACCCUAGAUGUGAGCAAUAAUUUCGUGUCAAAUGUUCCUGCAGCGCUGUCCAACUUAAUGUCUUUGUGUGUGUUGAACUUGAGUGGAAACAGUGGCAUUGAAAUUCUGCCUCCAGAGUUGGGCCUUCUUAGUAAACUUUGGAAUCUUAUUCUGAAAGGUUGUUCAUUGCGAGAUCCGCUAAAGAGCAUGGUGCAUAUGGAAAACUACAAAACUGUUAAUUUGAUUGCAUAUCUGAAAUCUAUUUUGGAGGAUUCUCGUCCAUAUACACGGCUUAAAUUGAUGAUCGUUGGAGUGCAAGGAAUUGGAAAAACCUCACUUUUACAGCAAAUUCGUCUAGAGGGUACGGUGGGCAAAAGGACAUCACCAAACGAUAUCUGGUCAAAAAGAAUGGGACACAGUACAGGCAGCGGCGGAGAUCGUACUGCAAAGGGCGUCAAUAUUUCGACAGUGGGUGUUGACAUCGCUGAAUGGACCUUUGAGCCAAAAAAGACGAAAGGUGAAUCUACUUUUGGUCCACUUACAUUUCGUACAUGGGAUUUCGGUGGACAAAGAGAAUACUAUGCAACUCAUCAGUACUUCUUAUCUCGUCGUUCUUUGUAUGUGUUAGUGUGGAAGGUAACUGAUGGUGAAGCAGCAUUACCAGAUCUGCGUCAGUGGCUCGUCAAUAUACAGGCGCGCGCACCAAAUUCUCCAGUAAUCAUCGUUGGUACUCACGUUGACCAAAUCUUUUCGAAUCCUGAUCAUUUUCCAUCUACUUAUCUGGACGAUCUAAAUGCAAUCAUCAAGGAUCAUUUUGUAAUGGUGCCUGAUGCAGACAAAAAAGGUCUUCCACGUGUCGUUGAUUCACUGUUUAUCUCUUCAAAAACGAAACAGAAUAUUCGUAUGCUUUGUAAUUUGCUUUAUCGAACAGCUUUUGAUAUUCGAACAGCAAAUAGCAAAGAGCGACUCCUAGAUCAGAAGAUUCCAGCUUCUUAUUUGGCAUUGGAAAAAAUAGUGAUUGAACUAGCAGAUGAACGACGUUCGGUAGGAAUGGAGCCGGUUAUGAGGAGCGGUGAUUUUCGCACUACUGUCCAAGAACGGAUGUUGAAAAAUUACGGUCGUGCAUUCCGUGAUGACGUCGAAUUUAACCACGCCUGCUCAUUUCUUCAUGAGAAUGGAGUAAUACUGCAUUAUGAGGAUGUGACUCUCAGGGAGUUAUAUUUUUUGGAUCCGCAGUGGCUGUGUGACAUCCUUGCCCGUGUAAUAACAAUCCGAGAAAUAAAUCCGUUCGCCCGCAAUGGACUUAUGAAAAUCGACGAUCUCCAAGUGUUGUUCAAGUCACUCAACUUGAGCAAUUCCGCUAUCAACUUAAGGUCGCAUAUUAUAUCCUUACUGCAGAAGUUUGAGGUUGCACUAUGUUGGCAGUCGCGUUCACUGCUGAUCCCUUCUUUGUUACCGGAUGAAUAUCAGUUAAGGGGUGGUUAUCCGAGUUCAAAAGUUAUGGUUCCAACAAGGGCUACGUCGUGGCAAUUGGCAGUCGACCAGCGAGAAACGAAAAGGAUUUUUACAACGAGACUACCACAUCUACAAGCAUUGAUUUCUCAACGAAAUUUGGGUGGUACACGGUAUCGAACAACAGUACAAUUGAGUACUCUUUCGGAUGGUCGCAAGAAAUCUCCAACACUAGUUUCAAUUGGUUGCGAUGAAUCUGAUGGUGGUGAGGGGGCUCGUUUGAUUGAAGAGAAAUAUGGAUGUAUUGUUAAUAUGGAAUAUCUGGAACAGGAGGUAGUACGUCGGAUCUAUAUGAUGGCAUACAUACCUUCCGGCUUUUGGUCUCGACUGAUGACACGUGCACUUGUCGAUGAUCAUAUAACGAUGUGUGUAGAGCGUUUAUUGCAAGUUGAAUACCUGUCGGAGGACUCUUCCUUAGAGGCAUUGAAUGAAAUUUGUGACAAGCAGUUUCUCCCGUCCUGGUUGCUUUGGCAGACCGGUUUCGAAAUCUUGGCGUUUGAAAAAACAAUAUUUGUAAUGCGCCAGUUUUUGCCGCUUGCGGAGGUGCGAGACAUUCAUUACGAAGCAGUUGACUGGUGCUGUUGUGCAGAAGAUGGUAACUGGCGUACGAUGGACAUGAGUGACUCUUCACUGAUCGAAAUCAUCAUUCCAGCAGUCAGGAUAAAUUUAGUGAGCGAUGAAAAAGAAUACGUUCUUCGGAGUAAUAGAGCUGCAAUGACCCGUCUCUUGGCUCUUGUUGUGGACAUUUUGGAUACCUUGUUGGAAGAUUGGUAUCCUUCAUUAGGAACACGUUUUGUGCACACUUCAGAGGGAUGCCUCCUCGUAAAUCGUCUCGUUCCCUGUCUCAAAUGUGCCAACAGUAUGCGAAAUCUGGAUGGUUUUUUCAAAGUCAAGAGGAAUGAUGAUGUAAUAUGUGAAGCAUUACCAAAGCAAAAGUUGCAUGCAUUCACGGUGGAGGAAUGUAUCCUUAGCGCCCAUGAUGGAAUCAAUUUGAGAUGUCCCGCGCACUCCGAUAUAUCCAUUGUAGACAUUGCUCCUGACACUGUCUUCCUGGAUAUAAGUGAGGAUUAUCUCAUCCAGCCUACUUCUGUGAAGCGUGGUAAAUUGCUCGGACAUGGUGCAUUCGGUUUUGUGUUCAAGGCCGCACUCAAAAUUUCGGAUGCAAACGUGCAAGAUACUGCGUUAAAAAUGUUAGAACCAGUGGAACCGGGCUUGGGGGCUCGAGCAUCGUCAAUUUCAGCAUAUAAGGCAGCAUAUACGAAAUGGCAACGAGAUCCAUUGCAGAACGCUUGCCGUGCAUACUGCACCUGUCGACAGGAGCUGAAUGUGCUAGCAUCACUUCAACAUUCUCACAUCACUGCGCUAAUGGGAGUGUGCCCUCGACCUUUGGCUCUAUUGGUCGAAUUAGCUCCUCUUGGCGCCUUGAAUCAUCUACUUAAUAAUUAUCGGCGGAGCGGGGCUCGGUUACGUCUCAGUGUCAUUCAGGAUACUGCUAGCCAGGUAGCCAAAGCGCUGGAAUAUCUUCACGAGCACCGCAUCAUUUACCGCGACCUGAAAUGUGAAAAUGUGUUAACAUGGCGAUUCCCGCCGCCGUUCAGUACCAUAACAGAUGUCCUCAUUAAACUAGGUGAUUAUGGCAUAUCACGAAGCUCGUUUCCUUCCGGUGGUACAAAAGGAUUCGGCGGAACUGAAGGUUUCAUGGCUCCAGAGAUAAUGCGUUACAACGGGGAACAAGAAUACACAGAAAAGGUAGACUGCUUCUCGUUUGCUAUGUUCCUGUACGAGCUGAUUAGUCUUAAGCUACCAUUCGAUGGGCAUGAACAACUCAAGGAAUAUGUUUUGGAUGGAGGACGACCACGGCUUACUCCUUCUGAAUUGUUAUAUCCUUGCAACGUGCUCGAUGUGAUGGUUGUUUGUUGGGCAGCACAGCCGGUGGAUCGUCCUUCAGCAUCUCAAAUUGUCUCUAUGACUACAGCUCCAGAAUUCACUCAUCUGUUGGAUGUGAUUUCCCUAAACGACCCAGAUUCGGCUGUCAACGCUAGUAUUUCUUUUCCUACUUUGGAUGACGUCGAGGUGGGUUCCACAAUAGAAGACAAUGUUGAAGGUGAAGUAUGGAUGAGCAGGUCGGACGGAUCUGUUACUGUUGUUAGUUGCAAUCAGUAUGGUUGGCUAGAUUCUAAGAGCAUCAUAAUGAAUACGGACAGAACAGUAAUAUUGGCUAUGUGUGUCGUCAACGACAGCGUGUGGCUUGCAGAAUCGACUGGAAUAUUGAGGAUUUACUGCCGUUCAUCGUACUCCGAAAUAUGGUCGUUCUCAAUAUCGCGUUUUCUCCCCACUGCACAUCUAUCUAUUAGCGUCAUUUCUUUAUCGGUUUUUAUUACUGCUCCUCUAUUAAUACUAGUUACUCUUCCUUCUGCAUUAUUGCUUGUGAAGGGUGAUCGUGCUUCUGAUAAUCCUUUCGUUUCAUCCAUCGGUUUAUCCACCAUUCACUCAUCUGCUGUAAUCGAUUAUGGCCAGAGUGUGAAGCAGAUAUGGACAGGACAUGAGCAUUCCUCCAUAUCGAUUUACGAUGUAACUUUGGAGAAUCGAUUGGUGCUCGCUGCAAACAUUUGUCAUGAUGAAAGUCAGAUAACUGUUGAGAAAAACUGCGUGUCAUACAUGGUGACUACUAGAACAGAUUCGACGCUGUUAUGGUCUGUCCUCUCGUAUGGGAGCAAAGUGUAUCAGUGGUCCACGGCAUCACGAAAGGUGCUUAAUCGACUUGACUCUCGUAAGAUUUUGCCUUCUUCGGAAUCAAUCUCAACUCUGGAUAUUGAGGCAUCUCGAGAUGGUUAUGUUUCUGCACUUGCGCUGCUAGAUAGGAUGGAUGGUGCACAGUUGUAUAUAGGAACUAGCAGAGGAGCAAUAAUUGUUGCUCAAGCUUUCGAAAUGCGACCACUUGCUGCAUUCCGGCCAUAUGUAGAAGACGUGCAUACGAUUAUUGUGUUGGAUGUAGCUUCAGCCUUAAAUGAAUACAUGCGUAUUCGUAAAGAUUUCAUCAGUGUGGCAAGCUUGGGAGGGCGGAGUUUUGCCGCUAACAGCACUGGUAGCGGGAAUGAUCCAGAAAAUGUUAGCUGGGUAAAGAGUCGCGUAUCGGAAACAGUAGAUUGUUUCAGGCAGGGUACUGCUGAACAUGUGUCUUCCUUAAAUAGUUAUGUAAUUACGGUUGGAAAUGGGUACAGAUGCCUGAUAGAUCGAUUUACGGACCGGAAGCAUCAAGGAUCAGCUACUCUUCGUCGUGAGUCGCACUGCGCAAUCAUAUGGCGCACAGAUGAAUGGGUUUCAUAA